UUUUUUUUUUUUUUUUUUUUUUUUUUUUUUUUUUUUUUCUGCCCUUUUCUUCAACAGCCAAGGUCAUUAUUUCCAGGUAUCGCCCGUUUCCCUUGUUUAGGAUUCCAUCAAACUAUUCUUUUGUCCCCUUGAAUCCAAAGCCCAUAAAUCAUCAUAAACCCAUGUCCAUCUCUUCUCUCUCUCGGUUUGUCUCGCUCUCAAUCACGCCCCAAACCUCCAAAUUCUCCAUGUCACAUUUCACCACUUCCUUGUCAGAUGCACUCUACACUCACCUCCAAAAGAAUCCUAACAACACUGAGAGAGCUCUGAAUUCGAUCAAACCUAAAUUGGACUCCAUUUGCGUCAAUGAGGUAUUGGACAAAUGCUCCCUUGACAGCUACUUUCAAAUUGGUCUUCGGUUUUUUAUCUGGGCUGGUUACCAGUCAAAUUACAGGCAUAGUUCUUUUAUGUAUAGUAGAGCUUGUCAGUUGUUUAAGAUUAAGCAAAACCCACAAGUCGUUUUGAAUUUAAUUGAGGCUUAUAGGGCGGAGAAGUGUGUGGUUAGUGUUAAGACAUUUAAGAUCGUUUUGAAUUUGUGUAAAGAGGGUAGGCUUGCUAAUGAGGCAUUGUUAGUGUUGAGGAAAAUGCCAGAAUUUGAUCUACGUGCAGAUACUAAUGUUUAUAACAUUGUUAUUAGGUUGUUUUGUGAUAAGGGUAAUAUGGAUAUGGCUCAAAAAUUGAUGGAAGAGAUGGGUUUGAUUGAUCUUUAUCCAGAUAUGGUUACAUAUAUAUCAAUGAUUAAAGGGUUUAGUGAUGUAGGCCGAUUGGAUGAGGCUAGUAGGUUGUUUAAAUUAAUGAGAGGACAUGGUUGCUUGCCUAAUGUAGUAGCAUAUUCGACCCUUCUUGAUGGAAUUCUUAGGUUUGGGACUGUGGAGAGGGCAUUGGAGUUGUUAGAGGAGAUGGAGAAGGAUGGAGGGGAUUGUAGUCCCAACCUUCUCACCUACACUUCUGUGAUUCAGAAUUUAUGUGAGAAGGGUGGAUCACUUGAUGCAUUUGCAAUUUUGGAUAGAAUGGAGGCUUUUGGUUGUGCUCCAAAUCGAGUUACAGUUAGUACUUUUAUAAAAGGUCUUUGUAUGGAUGGUCAUGUUGAGGAGGCCUAUAAGUUAAUUGAUAGAGUUGUGGUGGGAGGUAGUGUUUCAUAUGGUGAUUGCUGUAGUUCUCUUGUUGUGUGUUUAAUACGAAUUAAGAAAGUUGAGGAGGCAGAGAAGCUCUUUAGGAGGAUUCUAGUUAGUGGAGCCAGACCUGAUGGUCUGGCAAGUAGCUUUAUGAUUAGGGAGCUUUGUUUGGAGAACCGGGUGCUUGAUGGGUAUUGCUUAUAUGAUGAGAUUGAGAAGAUAGGAUGCUUGUCUAGCAUUGAUUCUGAUAUUUAUUCUGUUCUUUUAGUUGGGCUUUGUCAACAAAGCCAUUCAAUGGAAGCUGCAAAGCUUGCGAGGUCAAUGCUUGAAAAAGGAAUUCGUCUAAAACCUCCUUAUGUUAACAAAAUAGCUGACCACCUGAAGAAAUUUGGAGACAUGGAGCUAUUUACAAGAUUGUCUAGUAUUGGAAGGUAAUGCUGAAAAAAAGACAACUUUAUUUUCAUUGGAGACCCUUGUAUGGCAUGUCAGAGCCGGAUCUUCGAUAUAUAAUCAUCGACUUUCUAGUGUAAAGGAAUCUGUAAGAUGAAGGGCAUUACUUUUAGGAAACAUCAAUUGUACCCCUUAUUUUUAUUCAUUCAAACUGUGGAACAUGGGAAGUAACUUUGCAAAUCACCAGUCCAUGUUUGCUCAAGCGGAUUCCAGAGUAGUUUAGUUCCAGAAGAAAAGGAGUCCUAUUGUAUGAGCCUUUUUUGUAACACAGUUCUCUCCCAGCAGAUGAACUUUAGCCAGUUUGCUGAGAUAUAAGACUGUUUUUGCCUUCUUUACCUAUAGUAUGAUUGAAUGUCAAGUCUUCUCUCUGCUACAGUCCAGUGAGUAGCAGCUUGUAGCCAUUUCUCAUCUAGUUGCUAGGAUCAAGUAAAUAUGAAUCAGUUCUUGGGCAGCAGGAGUUCAACAAUGGUUGGCCUUCUAGGUACAUAAUUGAACCAUUGAGACUCCUUAUGUACAACCGUGAACCAUUUAUGAUUCAUCAUCAGCUUUGGAUUUUAUCAUAUGCUUAAAAAAGAUGAGUGAAAGUUGGUGAACCAAAAAUUCCUGUUGGAAAGCACAAAGUUGUUCAGAGAAUUGUAGUUGGGGAUGUGCAAUUUGAAUAAAAACAGUUUAUAUUUCUUGUUUUCAUAUAUAUUUCUCAGGCACAAAUUAAUACAUUGUCUAUCGUUUGGGCAGCAGGAGAAAUUCCUUUUUUUUCCGCACAUAUCAAUUUUGACUUGGUUUUCUGCUUAAUAAAUUGUUAGGUUUUAUUCUGGUGA